AUUUCUAGGACGUAGCUGUACUUUUUGAGUUUAAUAUGGAAGAACGUAGACCACAGAACGCUUUAAAUAUUGAAAUGGUGGAAGAACACCGGGAUAAUGGUCAGUCAGCUGAGUUAGAGACAACAAGAAAGCGAAAUAAAAGCUCGAUCACGCAAAACUUGUUAAAAAGUUUGAACAACUUUAAUCUCAGCUUGAAAGAAGCUAGAGAAAGGGAAACAACCCCUAUCGAAAAAAUUGUCUGGCUUGUCAUGUUUACAUCGUGCUUCAUUUAUUGCGGUUUCCUAAUUUGGAAAUCUUAUUCCAAGUGGAUGAGAAGCCCCUCCAUCGUUAUGUUGACUGAAAACGAUCAACCUAUACGAGAGAUUCCAUUUCCGGCUGUAACUGUUUGCCCUGAAAUGAAAAUUAUGUCAACAGUGUUCAGUUUCACUGAAUAUAUGUUCAACAAAACUUACCGCAACUUGUCAGAAACAGAACAAAAUAUGUUCGAAGACGUGUCUCUAAUUUGCAAUAAUUUUAUUAACCAUGAUGUGUUGGAAGGAAGAAAUUAUUCAUUCGGUAAUGAGACGGUUAGCAAUAUAAGAAAGGCUUCAGCAGAGCUAUCUCAAGUCAUAUCUAUGUGUACAUGGAAGGGAAAACAGAGUUCUUGUAAUAACAUGUUUACACCCAUUCUAACAGAAGAAGGAAUGUGCUUUACGUUUAACACGAUUGGACCAGAAGAUCUAUUUCGAUAUGAAAACUUGAACGCUGAUUAUGAAUACAUGGAGAAUCUAAAAAGAACAAAAAAUCAAGGUUGGACGCUGGAAUACGGGUACCUUCCUGAUGCUCCAAGAAGAACAUAUCCUAUAAGAGGUUCUGGUGCUGGUCCUAAAGCUGGUAUGGAGCUGUUAUUGACUGAGGAUAUGGAAGGUCUGGAUCAGGAGUGUAACGAUUGGCUUUCAGGUUUUAAGAUAUUGCUGCAUACGCCAAGUGAUUUGCCGCGACUUUCUCAACAGUACAUUAGAGUUCCAAUCUAUCAAGAAGUAACGAUAGCUUUUACAGCCACGUUGGAAGUUACUUCUGAUGGACUCGAAGUAUUUACUCCUUUUGGGCGCCAAUGUUAUUUCGAGAAUGAGCGGAGCCUUGCAUAUUUUAAAGUGUACUCACAAUCCAACUGCGAAUAUGAAUGCUUAACCAACUUUACCUAUGCGCGGUGCGGAUGUGUUCACUUUAGUAUGCCACAUGGUCCCGAUAUGGCGAUAUGUAAUUUUGGAAGCCUCAAAUGCAUGAGCAAAGCAGAAAUGGAAUUAUCUACCAUGGACAUUGAAGAUGAAGGAAGAGGCAAUGUCACUAUUGACGAAGCCAUUCAAAUAGCAGACGCUUGCAACUGCCUUCCUGCUUGCACUUCUAUAACAUACGACACUGAAGUGAUACAAACCGAGCUUCAUAAGGACGAAAGGGAUACAUUAGUAUUCAGAAAUGAUUCCAAUGGUGGUCACAUGGCACAGUCUAAAGUAUCUGAAGUAGUAUUAUAUUUCAAAAGGCCAUUAUUCGAUAUAGCGAAACGAUCUGAGUUGUAUGGCACAUCGGAUAUCCUUGCCAGCUGCGGUGGACUUCUUGGACUCUUCAUGGGAUUUUCUGUAAUCAACAUUGUCGAAAUUCUAUAUUUUUGUAUUCUAAGAUUCUGCCGACGAAAUCAAGCUGAUAAAUGUGAAAAUUCCAAUAAUCAAACUGUUCAACAAUCUAAGGAGAAAUAUUGAAAAUACGACCCCGGUAUUUCAAAGUUGUCUUAUAAUUUUUAACUAAAAAUCCAAUAUUUCAAAUACAAAUUGAUAU